UGUGAGGGAGAGAUGUCUGUAUUUUAGUUCUUGUGAGUCCGAGGAGGAGGAGGCAGGGGAAAGCGUGAGCUAGCCCUGUUGCUGACGCUGUUCUGGCUCCCUCCCCAGCGGAACAACCCCAGGACGCCUCCCCCGGGAAAUGACCGGGGAGGAGAAGAUCAUGCUUGGAAUGGUCCGAACUGGUCCCCGGCACACCCCCGACGGGCGAGCUCUCACUCCCCAGCCCUCGGCGGCUGCCUACGACAGAUGCCAAUCAGCGGCUGACUCGGCUCAGGGCGGCGAGCUGAGGAAAUCCGAGCGGGGCAAGGGAGCGGAAAACCUCUUCCCGUAGUCGGUGCGCCAAACUCCCUCCGAACGCCCAUGUGUGACCUUGUGCCCGAGAACGCCGGCUCCUCCGCCAGCCCCUGAAGGCAGCGGAGCCCACCCCGACAACUUCCCGGGGGCUGAAAGCUGUUGACUGUUUCGCAAGGAAUAUUGUUUGCAAGACACAAGGUGUCUUGAGAGGGAGCAGCCUCGGGACGCAUGCGCAAGUCCUUUCCGGAAUUAUUGCUGUGCCUUGGACUAAGUUGCAUCCCUUGAAUCUUCACAGAAAAGAGAAUUCUUUCAUCAGAGUUAGGGAUGUGGACAGUUCCAAAUCGGGAGUGCCUGGGGAUUCUGUCUUUCCCUAUGAUGAUAGCUAUGGUCUGUUGUGCACAAAGCGCUAAUGAGCCCAGCAACAUGUCAUACGUGAAAGAGACAGUGGAUAGAUUGCUUAAAGGAUAUGACAUUCGCUUGAGGCCGGACUUUGGAGGCCCUCCUGUUGAUGUGGGGAUGAGGAUAGAUGUCGCCAGCAUAGAUAUGGUUUCGGAAGUCAACAUGGACUAUACACUCACAAUGUAUUUUCAGCAGUCAUGGAAAGACAAAAGACUAUCUUAUUCUGGAAUCCCUUUAAACCUCACUCUGGACAAUAGAGUAGCAGACCAGCUCUGGGUGCCAGACACAUACUUCCUGAAUGACAAGAAAUCAUUUGUGCAUGGGGUUACAGUGAAGAAUCGGAUGAUCCGGCUGCAUCCUGAUGGAACGGUCCUCUAUGGAUUACGGAUCACAACAACAGCUGCUUGCAUGAUGGAUCUGCGAAGAUAUCCUCUGGAUGAACAGAACUGCACACUAGAGAUUGAAAGUUACGGUUACACCACUGAUGACAUUGAAUUUUACUGGAAUGGAGGAGAAAGUGCAGUAUCGGGAGUUAACAAUAUUGAACUGCCUCAGUUUUCAAUUGUGGAUUAUAAAAUGGUGUCAAAGAAGGUGGAAUUCACAACAGGGGCAUAUCCACGGUUGUCACUGAGUUUUCGGCUUAAAAGAAAUAUUGGUUACUUCAUUUUGCAAACUUACAUGCCUUCAACACUGAUUACGAUUCUGUCCUGGGUAUCUUUCUGGAUCAACUACGAUGCCUCUGCAGCCAGAGUUGCACUAGGAAUCACUACCGUGCUAACCAUGACCACCAUCAGCACUCACCUCAGGGAGACUCUGCCAAAGAUCCCCUAUGUCAAAGCAAUUGAUAUUUACCUGAUGGGAUGCUUUGUGUUUGUGUUCCUGGCGCUGCUCGAAUAUGCCUUUGUAAAUUAUAUCUUCUUUGGGAGAGGCCCUCAGAAAAAGGGAGCUGGGAAAGCCGACCAGGGGGCUAAUGAGAAGAACAGACUGGAGAUGAAUAAAGUCCAGGUUGAUGCCCAUGGUAACAUUCUUCUUAGCACCCUGGAAAUAAGGAACGAAGCCAGUGGUUCAGAAGUGCUUACAAGUGCUAGUGACCCCAAAGCUACCAUGUAUUCCUACGACAGUGCAAGCAUCCAGUACCGGAGGCCCCCCACCAGCAGAGAGGUCUAUGGCCGGAGCGCUUUGGACCGGCACGCCCUUCACAACAAAGGGCGUAUCCGGAGACGGGCAUCACAGCUUAAGGUCAAGAUUCCGGAUUUGACUGAUGUGAAUUCUAUAGACAAGUGGUCAAGGAUGUUUUUUCCAGUCACUUUUUCUCUUUUUAAUGUUGUCUAUUGGCUUUACUAUGUGCACUAAAUUCUGUAAUGAUAACAUAAUUUAGAUCAUUAUCUUCCUCUAUUUUUUUUUUCUAAUCUCACAGGUCUCUAGCAGCUAUACUGCUAUAUUUUUAAGGUAAGAUAUUCAGCCAUCCACUUGGUUUUUAGUUCCUACAUAUCAGUUUUAUUACUGUAUCAUGUUUACUUCAAAUGAGAACAAUAUUUCCCCCCUGGUACAUUUUGGUCGGGAUUAUUAGCUGUUUGGGAGCAGCUUUGAAACAAUCACUAUUUAUCACCAUGUUUACCAAAAAAAAAUUACAACAGAGAGAUCUAGGGCAACUUUCCCUAAUAUCUCUCAAUUUCACUUUUUUUUCUUUUUUAAAAAAAGAGUGAAAAGAAAUUCUCGUUCUUUUCCUAUACUGCUUCCUGGUGAUCUGUAACAUCAUGCUGCCAAAAAAAAAAAUUCUAAUGUUUCAGAACAAGCCAUUGACAAGUUACAGAUUCUCAGGAAUUCUCUGUUCCCUCCACCCCACAACAGAGGGAAAAUAAGGAAUCCCAAAGAGUGAGAAAGAUUCUCCCACUCACCCUCUCCCAGAAUCUACUUUAUACUGAGUGUGAAGUGUUUCCUAAAAUGUGGGGUGGAGAGUAGAGGAGGUGGGGGUGGACAGAGAUGUCAGCAAUUUGCCUUUAACUGUGCUUUGUCCCAAGUGUGUAUCAAGGUCCUGCAAUUCCCUGCUUAAAUGAUGUGCUAUACCUUUAAGCCAGAUCCUCUGGAAAAGACUUAUUUCUAGGACUGUCAGGCAAAAUGUAAAUUAACUUUAGAACCAAGCUUGUUUGUUAUUGUGAACAUCUUUUCCUCUUCUGACUUAGAAAAUUUUGUGGCAUUGUGCCAUUUUUCUAAAGACUAUUUCAACUGAAAAGUCCUUGCCUCAUAUCAUUCAGCCCUUCCUGUUGGUAUUCCUUGAUGCUCUUUUAUCAUAUUAUAAAGUUCCUGCUCCAAACGAGAGAGAAACAUGAAAAGACAGAGAUGGAGACAGAGAUAGAGAAACACAUAGAGACACACAGGAAUGCAGAAGGACACAUAAAGAAGCAAAGAGAGAUGGGAAAGGGGCAGAGAGGGGGAGAGAGAGAGAGAGGAAGCCAAUAUUUUAUGGAGAAACCAUUUUCUUCUGUCCGUAGGGGAGGCAAGCUGUAGAUGCCAAACAUAAUAUGAAAAAGUAGGUAUUUCUCAGUGUUUCAAGAAGCAUUAUCGAAAUCAGGCUCUAUUUACAGGAUGCAGAAGGCUCAGCUCAGAGUUCUAAAACAGUUGGCUGGCUAGGGUCAUUUAUGAUCAUUAGAGCAUUAACUUACUGCUGGUUUACUAAAAUAAAUGUAAAUAUUCUACAUGUGUUCCAGAGUAUAAAAUGGAAAAUGAAUACUCUAAGAAAGUCCUGAGAAAAUGAAAUGGAAAAUGAAUACUCUGGGAAAGUCCUGAGAAAACCAAAAGAAUUGUUCUCCUAUUCUAUCGAGAACCUAUUUCCAUUUUUAAAGGAUCUCAAUGAAGCAUGAUUAAUUUCAAGGGGAAAAAAAUAAUCAUUGGGCCAAUCAAAAAUGUCCUUCUAGAUACAGGAAGGUAUCACUUCAAUUCUGCCUCUACAUGGGAGGAAGGGAGAUUUUCCUCUUCUCCUUUGCCCUCAAUUCCUCACCAUGCCUCUGCCUCCUUCCGAAAUCUAACUAGAAGAGAGAUGGCCACUACUUGCCAAGGGCCAGAAGGAGUUUUCUUAGCUAUCCCUGCCUCCUUCCCCUCUCUCUUUCUUCUUGCCUCCAGAUUUUCAGAGUCCAACCACUCAUACACAGAGGUUUCUUUCUCUCCCUCUUCCUCAUGUCCUACACACAAUAGUAGUACAGGUGUUGUUAAACAUUCUUAGUUACCCUUAGUUUAUGUCCAACUCUGGGAGAAUCAAGGCUGAACAUUAUUGAGAGAAUAAAUACUUAGCCUUCAAACAGUCAUUUUAUUCAUGUGCUUUAAAAUGGCCAUAACCUAUUAAAUUGCUUAAAUGACAGAAGGAGGUGGGAGAGAAAAAAAAAAGGAAAAUGCUGUGGGCUAACCAUGUCCCACAUGAUAGACAAUUAACUAUUCAAGUUUCCCAAACAUUGAAGUAGAUUCUCUCAGGUUAGAUGUACGAUAGAAGCGAUCUCUCACAUCAUUGCUGUUAGUGCACAUUCAUUCCUUUGCAUUCGUAUUACUUUGACCAUAAUAUUACACAUGAUGUGCAUUACACUUACCAGCUUUAGGAGGUGGAUACUCAGGUAAAAACAUAUGUAGGGCUGGAACUACCUGGGAGAGCUUUGCCUCCAUUCUCUUUUGCCACAUAGGAACAGGAGACUAGCUGGUCAUGUGGCUGGUGGAAUGAGGCAAAAUAUAGUUCCAACCUUUCUAGUGCUUUACCCUGGGAAAUAAGAGAAAGAAAUAUGUCAUGUGCAAAAUAACACUGGUUCAUGGGUCCAAGAGUGGGAUUUUCUUAAAUGAACAUCAUGUAUGAUACUUGGAAAUAUUCUCAAUUAUAUUCCAUCUUUCGGAAGUCGGUGUCUAUUUUAUAACAUCGAUUUGAGAAGCUUAACGACAACUUGCCAAAUGAAGAAAUAUAUUUCUAUUGCCAGACAGAAAGAAUCUCCAAGAUAUCUUAUAAUGAUGUCUAUUCCUUAGCAUCUUACCAAAGGGUGAUAUUCCACUGUCUUUUCUAAACCAAGUAUAAUCAAAACAAAAAAAAAGCAUUUGUUUUUGGUCACUUUGGUUCAGUGUGGUGAUAGGAAUGAUGGGAUAAAAUGUCUCAAGAAAAAUCACGCCAAGAUAAAAGUCUAAGCGGAGUGUGGAAUAAUACCUUAGCAGCCUCUAGCAAGGCAGAUGUAAAUGCUCAUGUAUAUUCUGUAUAUAGUUCAUUGAAAUGUUGUGUCAUCUUCUGUUGUGUGUGGUUGACCAUGGCUUUGAAUGGAUGCUUAAAAAUCCCGACACCUGUAAAUAACGUUCACAUGUUCUGACGGCUGCUUUCAGUGCUAGCCCGCUUUGUCACCAUUCGGGCCCAAACCAGAAUCUUUCAGCUCUUGUUCAUUCUCAGCCAUUUUCUGGUGCAGUUCUGUGACCCUGCUGCAAGUCAUCGCAAGGUCCAUUUGUUCAGUGCCUCCUCCCUCCCCCUCUCCCGCCAGCUGGGGCAGUGGCUGUUGAGUGUGUCUAAUGGAGAUGGGGGAAUCAGCAACACCAGCAGAACCUGCUAGGCCUGCCAGCCGCUGCUGCUGCUGCCUCAUAGGAAGUGGAGGGCAAAACCCCGGAGAGUUUCUUUUAUGGCUAUUUGUUUAUCCAGAUCUCAAUUAUCAGUGCUCACUAAAGGGGGUCAGGGAUAGAAAGAAAAAACUGAAAUUGACAAAUACUCCAAAGCCUAGUUUUUGCCAAAUCUUUGGGUUUCUAUUGUUCUCAUCACCUAAUUUCCAUUUUUUUCACCCAAUUUACUAAUGAAGACCAGCUUUUAGUUUUCUAAAAUGUUUUGGUUUUCCUUCCUAUUUUUACAAAAGUUUCACUACGAUGGAUAAUAAAAGGUUAAAUGAUCAAAAAGAGGAAAAAGGGGAUGAGAAACUAAGGACAUGAAACCCCAAAGGAAUCCACAAACAGAUAAUCCAUUUGUGAGAAAAUGUGGAUAACAGGUUAUCUGUGGUCCUAUAAUUAAUCAUUUGAGGCCAUCCAAGCCCCAUUGGAGACACCUGUUCCAGAGAAAUGCACUAUUUGAAUGUAUCAUGGAAAAAGCAAUGGAUUUGGAGAUAGAAGACGAGUUCAAAUCUAGAGUUUACUGUGGAUUAAUGGGUAACCCAGUGAAAGACUUCCCCAAAUGGGAAUCAGUUUUCUUUUCUGUAAAAUAAAGGGGUUGGAUGAUAUCCUAAGAUUCUACCCAGUUCUCAUAUCCAAUUACAUCUCUGUCAUCACAAGUUUUUUGGCAUGAAAAGGAAAGAUUUAGAGGAACACAAAUUGACUCAACCUUGAUGAGAACAUAUAACAGGAACUUAGCUUGACUGAUAGCUGUCAAUUCUCAACCAGUGUAUACUAUUUAGAAGCAUAGAUUUUUCUAGGUAUUCAAAAAUUAAAAUUCAAUACCAAAAUCAUCAUGGGCUAUGAAAAAGCUAAGACUCAGAGUUAGGUUGGUUUUUUCCCUUCUUCAGUUUCCCAAUCCAAAGAUUUUUCACAUCCAAAGAAGGAACUUGUGGCUGUUCCUGGUCUACCUGCUCUACCCCAACAGAUAUUUAUCCUCAUCCUAGAAUAAUAAAAGCUAAUGAGACGAUUGAAUUUGCAGUCCGGUUUAGCAGGACAAUUUUACUCACAGACAACUCUGCCUGCCUUCCCUGCCAUAACAACAAUCAAAAUGGAGCAUCCAAAUAACAGUAUAUUUGUCUCAGGUAGACAUGGUCACAAGAUCAAACUAUCACUGACAGAAAGCUGGAGUACCCAUGGCCAUCAAGAGGUAACACCCCCCUCUUGUAUGAGGAGUAUAUAAGCAGGAACAUUUCAUAAUAAUAGCCCACUUCUCAUUCCCAUGCUAAGAAAGCAGUAAAGGAAGGAGGGAGGCAUAUUUUCAGGCAUGGCUAUUUUCUGAAUGCCAGUUAUUGAAAUUUCAAAUUAUAUAUGCACAUUUAAUCUGCUUGGCUUCUACACAGCAUUUCCUUUCUCAGAUCAUCCUCCCUGUGCCAGUUCCUUGUCUGGAAUUUGUUUCAUUUUGCCUCAGGUAACAUGAUUGAAAAGACUUCUUUUCUAAGAGGAUUUUUUUUUCUUUCUUUUUCAUUCCCAACUUUCACAACUCAUCUUGAAAACUCAGCCCAUAAGCAUCUCUACUUCCUCAGUCUUGGAUAUCUCCUUGGAUGUCAUAGUCUUCACUCACAAAAAUGGCUUUGAAAAAACUAUCCUCAGAUUCCUGCCUCAGUUGCCUUAUUCUCUAAGUAGCUACUUUUCAGACCUUUGGGGGUGGCAUGCAGGACUACAUUAGUCAUCACCACUGCCAUUCUUCUCUACAUUAUUUCUGUGUAUUUCUACAUAUGUGAGGAGUGCCCACCUCCCGGAAUAGCCGAGUGUGUUAAGAAACCUCCUAUUUUAGUCCCGUUCCCAACUGAGUGAGAAUAGCCUUGCUUACCCUCAACUAAUUCCAAAGGAAUUAAACCAGACCGUGAAAUCACCACACAAAGUUCUCCCCUCUCUCUAACUCUAUAAUUCUCUCUAAACCUCACCUUGAAUCUGCAAUUUCAUAUAUGUAAAUAGUACUGUGAAAUAACCCCGUAUCUAUCCAUGGCUUAAUUAUGACUAAUUUUAGUCUGAUUAAUUUACUCCUCUCUCUUUUAAUCCUUCAAGAAUGGUACACCUUCCUGUCACUAAAUUCUUUAAUCUUUUCCCAUUAGACCACCAGGCAUAAUACUAAUUUUAAUCUUGUCCUUUACAGAUACGAGACCUAUGUUCUACCCCAUGUCGUUCUCUCCCCAAUCCUCUUACCAAGUCACGAAUAAAUAUGAGUAACACGUUUAUAAAAAGUUAAAUAACUCCACAACUUUAAAUGGGAGGUCAUAUUUGAAGGAAAAGCACUGGAGCAGGAAUUAAGAAAACUGCAACCUGCUUCAAGAUCUGCCACUAAAUAUAUGUUUUAUCUAGAUUCAAACCCAAUGGUUUAUGGGUCUCAAGCUCCUCAUGUAUGAGUUGAAGGAAUGGCAAAAGAUGAUCUCCAGUUCUAAAAAUUCUAUAAUUUGAUAAAGUCUCUAAGUCCUUGAUAGCGAUACAGGAAGAGAAAUAAUAUGGUAUACUGGAAAGGACUCCAAAGAUCUGUGUUUGAAUCUUGGCCUUAACUGAGAGUCCUUGGGAGCAAAUUCUUCAGUUUUUCUAGGUUUAUUUUGUUUGCUUACCUGGAAAAUAGGGAGGUGGGAGCCAAAUCAUGGACUUUCAGAAUUAGUAGGUUAAAGAAAACUGGAUCCAAACUCUUAUUCUUUUUCAGAUGAAGAAACCUAGGUUUUGAGAAAUUAAAUGAUUUACCCAAAGUCACACAGCUAAUAAAUAUGUUGGACCAGGUGUUCAGAUUCUAAAUCCAAUGGGAUUUCCAUUACAACCCAACACCCAACAUCUGAACAAUUUCAUAAUUUGUUGACAUUUCUAUUUUUUUCAAGCCUCAAUAUUUUUCUUUCCAUGUACCAUAA